AUGUUGGUAGAAUUAAAAAAUGGAGAAACUUUUAAUGGACAUUUAGUAAAUUGUGAUAAUUGGAUGAAUUUAACUUUACGGGAAGUUAUACAAACUUCUCCGGAAGGAGAUAGGUUUUGGCGAUUACCUGAAUGUUAUAUCAGAGGGAACACGAUUAAAUACUUACGUGUACCAGAUGAGAUUAUAGAGAUGGUAAAGGAAGAUGCCAUACGUCAAAGGCAAGCGGCAAGCGGUGGAAAUCGAGGGCGUAAGUAA